GUGAUUUCAAGCGUCGAUUGCACGCACCAGGUUAUCCCACCGUCUGUCCUCUCCACGCUCGUUGACUGCUGGUGACUCUCUUUUUUUCCUUGUUGUCUCCCACGAACUCUCCUUUGAUCGCUCAUUCUUGUUAAGAGACUAAUUCCAGGGCACGGCGGAUCUUUUUUUGCAAGGGGCGCGGGCGCGCCUUUAUCCUCUCCUUUGACGCCACCACCCUGUUCACUUCAUUUCAUUCCAUCCAAUACCAAGUCUUCAAGACACUCGGCUCUCAGACACGCCAUCACCUUCCCAAGAGAGGCCCAGCGAGGUCGCUAAUCAUGAUAGCAAGAUGACCGAACACGAGCUCCAAACCCUCCGAGAGCCUCUCAUCAAGGACGAGGGAGAUCUCUUUCUGGACACCGAUGCUCCUUCCAGCCAUAGCUUUGAACCAGAAUCACUUCAACAAAUCCCCAAACGCAUUAUCUCUACAGCCCUUGCGCACGCCCGACCGGCCACUGUCUACAAACUGAGCAAAAGAUUUGCCUACUGCUUCGCUCCUCAGAUUGCGCGGUCGCGAUACUGGAACGAUCAUGCUUCCAAGCCGAAGCAAUUUCCUACCAGCUACCUCAAUGGCCUCCGAGGCAUCACCUCCAUCAAGGUCUUUACCUUUCACUUCAUCAUGGCAUUCAGCGAUAUUGGCUUUCAGCCCUGGGGCACCAACGAUCGCCAUCGCUAUCUUCUCGAGCUCCCCAUAAUCCGAUAUUUCUAUUCCGGCUUCACGGCUCACGUCUUCUUCGGCAUCGCAGGAUACCUGACCUCUCUACGACUGUUCCAGCUCCUUGACAAACGCGACCAAACCUCGCAGUCCAAGGUCCUGCUGAACGUGUCGGGGGCUCUGUUCCGUCGAGCAUUCAGACUCUAUCUCCCUGUCCUCAUCGUCACUCUCAUCACGGCUCACUACAUCCAUUUCGGCUUCUACGAAGGAAAUCGAGUCUACAUCACCGAUCACGAAAAGCUCUUCCCGGGCGACUGGAAUGAACCCAAGCCUGAAAUGUUUCCGACCUACUAUCGGCAGCUGAGCUACUGGGCGCGGGAAAUGUUCGACUUGACAAACAUCUUCGCCCCCGGCUCUGUUUAUCCCUAUCACGAUCAGCAUUUGUGGUCCAUUCUGGCCGAGUUGAAGGGUUCGAUUUUCCUCUACAUGAUCUUGAUGGGCACUGCGCAGUGCCAGAAAUACGUUCGAUUGGCAGGCUUGUGUAUCAUGACGGUCAUGUUCUUUCUGUGGAACCACUGGGAGAUCUGGGUCUACAUCAUCGGCGCCGUGGUGGCACAGAUCGACCUCCUUCUCACCGAACACGAGCAGGAAAAGAAACUCACACUGGUCCCAAACCGCCUGCCUCCGUCGCCGCCGCACUCGCCCAAACCAGACUACAAGCCGCCGCCCUCCUGGUCCGAUUACGUGUCGACGCCGCCCAAGGGAUGGCUGUACGGCCUCCGUGUCCUCGGGUUCCUGCUGGCCUUCUAUUUCCUGUCCUACCCCAUUGACGGCUCGAGAGAUUACGCCCCGGGAUACAUGACACUGAACAAGCUGAUUCCCGAAUGGAUGGACCGCAAGGACAAGUUCUACCCGAACCUCGGGACGGGCCUCCUGUUGUUCCUGCUCGCCCGCGCCGACCCCGACACCUCGAUCUGGCGACGCCUGCUCAACAGCAGCCUGGCGCAGUACCUGGGCAAAAUCAGCUUCGGGCUCUAUUUGGUCCACGGCCCAAUCCUCCACGCCGUCGGAUACAUGAUCCCCCACCGGAUCUGGUGGUCCAUGGGCGUGCAGGGCCUCGACACGACGGAUGCUGUGUGGACGGCGGUCAUAAUCACGGGCUGGACCAUCAGCCUGGCGCUGUCCCUGUGGGCGGCCGACGUGUGGACGAGGGAGGUGGAAAGCAGAUGUGUCAAGGCCGUCAAGAAAUUGGAGGAAGUGUGCUUUGCCGCCAAAGCCUGAAACCCAAGAGAAAAGAAAAGAAAAGAAAUUGUGCGUAGAUCAAUGCAAAAUCCCCGUGGUUUUGGGCUGCGAUACUACUGCUUGCAUACUAUGUAUUUUGCUCCUGGCGUCGUAUUCAGCGUUUCAGCGAGCACGGCAUAUUGGCGUUUUGCAUUCAUGGAUGGAACGGUACGGUACGGUUCAUGCUCCAAGACUGGCCUAAGAUACCCCCAUUAAUCAAGCCGAGAUUGCCCGCUUCAAUGACAGUCUGCAUCGCCCAUGGCCGUAGGACGCUCGUGAGUGACACAUGCGUUGAUCACGUCGAUGUGACCAGCGCCGCCCGUGUGAUUGUUCGCGUCUACAACCCCCGUCUUUGUUUGAAUCGCCCGUCAUCCCCAUCGCCACAAGUCACGAUCCCCAACAGCGUCCGCCACAAAUCCAACCUUUCCGACGAUCCGUUAUUCCGUCGCCGCCGCCUGUCGUUGUUUCUCUUCAUAUGCCACGAUGUCCGCGACGGUCUCGCGGGCCGAGACCCUGGCCGACUUCCACUGCUGUCCGCCGAACGCCUGUUCGAAUUUCGAUAUGUCCGUCUUGACCAUGUUUGCUCCACCAUUGACAUCUUCUUCAGGAGCGGGAACCCGAUCCCUCAGCUGGGGAAAAUCCUCUCGCACCGCGCGCGCAAUCUCGUCGGUCACCAUCAGCUCGGGCGAGUGGAACAUGUACCGUUCGUUGCCGGGGACGGUGGGCGAAAGGGCCUGGACGUGCACGCGGGCGACGUCCUCGACGUCCCUAGAAGACGGAGGAGCAAAAGGUCAGCAGAGUGUUUCCUGAACGGUGGGGGUGGACGUUCGUGAUUCAGGAGAGUGUUGGGGGAAUGUGAAUGUUCAGUGGCUGGUGAGGUUGGACGUGGGUGCAUCAAGGGAGUGUUUGAAAAAUGGUUCAGUCGCUGGUGAGCCUGAAGAACCGUCAAUCAGUAGAGUGUUUGGGGGUUGUUGGGUCGCCCGGUGAGCUUGGACGCUCAUGAAUCAGAAGAGUGUUUGGUGAGUUCUGGAUCUUUGCGGUUCGGCGGAGCUUUUCGUAGAUAUUUGGUCGCCCUAGUGAGCUGGACGGUCGUGAUUCAGUAGCGUGUUGGAAGAUGUUCAGUCGCUGGUGAGUUGGAGGACGCCCGUGAUUCAGGAGAGUGUUAGAAGGAUAUAUAGUCGCUGGUCAGGCUGGACACUCGUGAUUUGGCAGAGUGUGAAAUGUUCAGCCGCUUGUGAGGUUCGAGGACGCUGGUAAUUCAGCAAUGGACUUGGAAGAGUUUUGGGUUGGGAUCCCAUUUGGAAGGUCAACGUUGUCCUGCCAGACCAGGGCUCUUUUGAAAGAACUCCAACCCGGCUCAUCAGACCAGAAGAGUCAAAGUGCCAGAGUGAAUCGAAGUAUUUGCUUGGUUUGGCAGAUGCCGCGACACCGCACAGAAAGAAAGGCCAAACACCUACAUGAAGUACGGGUACAAGAACCCAGGCUUGUCGCAGUCGAACAGUCCCUUGUAUAGGCCCGGCUGCCCACCAAGGCGUCCCUUGUCCGGUUUGAAAUCGGCCUGCGGACUCUUGCCUGUGAUCGACGGUGCCAGCAAGACGACCAGGUCAAACGGCCGCGGCGUCUCCUUCAUGAACUCCCAGGCCUUCUUCUCCGCCGAGACCUUGGAGUAGCAAUACGCAUUCAAGGGAUUCAGCUCCGCUUCUUCGAGGGUGAUGGGAUUCCAGCUCUCGUCCGAUACAGUCUUGUCAGAG